AUGAUGCCACCACCUCGUCGUUUGGACCGUCGACAGACUAAGCUCGCUAGAAGGCGGAGUGAGAGCAUGCUUGAUUCCCCACUACAGCUGAGCAUCCCCGCUACUGCGUCCCGCCAGCAUCACCCUCUCACUCCAUUCCCAUUCGAACCAAAGCCUUUUGUACGUCAAGGGAAACAAGCCGUUAGGGAGUGCCAUCAUUCCCUCGUCAGUAUCAUCGAUGAAGAACCCUCUGAAACUCAUUCGCAACCCGCGUUGGAAUCUAGCCUCGCGGAGCUCCCCACGGAACACGCAUAUGAUGAGUCCAGCUCAAAUUCAGAAAUGGCGGUAUCCCCACCUACCACGAAGCAGGAUUCUCUCAACAACGCGACGAUGCAUUACAUUGGAAUAGCGCCUUCCGUCCAGUCACGGGCCUAUGCAGGAUCACCAAUCCUUCAAGCCCGGUUUAAUACACUAGUCAGAAAAGCAAGCCAGCUUUGCGCGAUGUCAAAUUCUGAAGUUUACUUGGCUGUGCGGCAUAAUGGUAGCUUCUACAUAUACAACUCUGUCAAUACAGCUUCGCAUCAAGCCCCAGAACCCGAGGCACACGAACAGAUCGUUACCGUGGCAGUCGCGAGCAGCAGCGGUGGUGUGACUGUCUAA